AUGUCACUGAGCAUGCAGGGUUCCGGAAGAGAGUACUGGGAAAACUCUCCACGUAUGGACCUACGCGAUCAUUGCUCGCGAGAGCAGCAUCCUGCUACAAGAUCAAUCGCGCUCGACGCUGAACGCUCCUACGAUAGGCGCGAGUCGUGUCCCCCAACCCAAGACGAGGGCAUGGUCGAUUUAGAAUCAACUCCCCUCCCAGACACCGAAUUCGGCCGCCUCGACACUACAGGCUGGUACCCGCACUACAAGCAAUGCGUCCACUACUUCCUCGAAGCCGGCCAACACAAUCCAACCGUCCAAUCUAUCGCCGCAUUCAUAAACAUCCGUCUUCCCUUCCAACGAACCGAAGAUCUAGCCCAAGAACAAGAAUUUCACUCUCAAUCUACCCCCUUUAUCUCGCUACGACCAUACGUCCGCCGCCUAAUCAUCACCGCGCAAGACUCCCCACCCAUCAUGACAGCCUUCUUCGGACCAGACUGGCCCGCCGGCGUCGGGGUCCUUUACAAGCAGGAGCGCACGAAUUACCUCUUCACGGCGAAGAGUAGUGGUUGGGCGCAGACAAAGGCUGCGUAUGAUAUCCUUCCGGACGAACAGGCGCCGUUUUUGCGGCCGCUGCGUGAUCCGGAGGAGGAGGAGAUUCGGGCUGCGGAGGCCAGGUGGAGUGAGUGGCUUGCUAUGGAGGACUGGAUGGUUGGUGCCAGGAGUCCGUGGUAA